CUCCUACUUCAAGUGACCGCUAUACAAUCCCAGAAAGCUUAGAAGCACACAGACGCUGUUGUGCGCAUAACAUUUCCACAAAACGCAGACAUGGCUAAAGACGCUCGAGACAACUGGGAAAGUCCUAUGCAGUUUGUAAUGGCUUGUGUUUCAUAUGCCGUCGGACUGGGAAACGUAUGGAGGUUUCCUUACCUCUGUCAAAUGCACGGUGGAGGGGGUUUCCUGAUCCCCUAUCUGGUCAUGCUGCUCCUGGAAGGCGUACCUCUGUUCUACUUGGAGCUGGCCAUUGGUCAGAAAAUGCGUCUGGGCAGCAUCGGUGCAUGGACUGCUAUAUGUCCAUAUUUAGGGGGACUUGGACUUGCCAGUGUUGUGACAUCAAUGUACUUAUGUCUCUAUUACAACAUUAUCAAUGCAUGGAGUUUCUGGUACCUCUUUCACUCAUUUCAAUCUGUCUUGCCCUGGGCAGCUUGCCCUGUAAAUUCCAACCGGACCGGACCUAUAGAGGAGUGUGAAAAAGCUACACCCACCCAGUAUUUCUUCUACAGAGAAACCCUUAACGUCUCUCCCUCUAUUGAAAUGAAUGGUGGCAUUCACGCAGGCCAGGCGCUGUGUUUUCUGCUUGCAUGGGUGAUAACUUAUCUAUUCAUUAUUCGAGGUGUAAAAUCAACUGGAAAGGUGGUAUACUUCACUGCAACAUUCCCAUAUGUUGUCCUGCUCAUCUACUUGAUUCGAGGCAUGACUCUUCAUGGAGCUCUAAAUGGUGUCAAAUACAUGUUCACACCCAAGAUGGAAGAACUUGCCAAUCCCACUACUUGGAUCAAUGCAGCCACUCAGAUCUUUUUCUCUCUGGGUUUGGGUUUUGGGUCACUCAUAGCUUUCGCCAGCUACAACCAGUACCACAACAACUUUGAGCGGCAGGCCAUCAUUGUCUCCCUCAUUAACAGUGGAACAUCCAUCUUUGCCUCCCUUGUCACCUUUGCCAUUUAUGGAUUCAAGGCAACUAUCAACUAUGAGAAUUGCUUGGAGAGGACACGCACACUGCUGCUCAACUCUUUCAAUCUCGCUGAAGACAGCAUCAUCAUCAGCAACGUGUUUGAAAUGAUUGAGAAGCUGAACACAACGUUCCCAGAGCAGUUUGCUGAACUUAGCAACAAACUAGAAGACUGCAACCUGGAGAAUGAGCUAAGCACUGCUGUGGAGGGGACUGGGCUGGCCUUCAUAGUGUACAGUGAGGCCAUAAAGAACAUGCCAUUGUCUCAGCUGUGGUCAGUGCUGUACUUCUUCAUGCUUCUGAUGCUGGGAAUGGGCAGCAUGCUGGGAAACAUCACCGCCAUCACCACCCCACUACGGGACUUCAAAUUUCUGUCCAGCAUAAGCAACGAGGCUUUAAAUGGUUUUGUGUGUGUCCUCUGCCUUCUGCUCGGCCUUGGCUUCACAACCAGAUCAGGAAACUACUGGUUUACCAUGUUCAAUGACUAUGGAGCCACUUUCUCCCUGUUACUCAUUGUCCUUAUUGAGGUCAUAACUGUCAGCUACAUUUAUGGAAUCAAAAGGUUUGAAAAAGAUAUAGAAGACAUGCUGGGCCAUCGUCCUAACUGGUUCUGGAAAAUCAUGUGGGGAGGAAUUAGCCCCCUACUUCUUAUCAGCCUCUUCUUGUUCUAUGUCAUUAACUACAUCCAAGGAGGAACACCCACCUACCAAGCAUGGAACAAAGAUCUGGGGAAAACUGAGCAGACGGAGUAUCCUCUCUUUGGUCAGGCUUUCAUCGGACUGCUCUUGGUCUCUUCAGUGAGCUGUGUUCCCCUCACAGCGUUGUAUAUCUUCUGUCAGAGGAGGAAACAUGCACAGCGACAUAAGCAACAGCGUACUGUAAAUACAGUAGCUGCUUAGUGAUUGGACGGUGACAGGAACAAACGUCUGACUGUAACCUUCCUCAGCUGGAAAGCAAGACUUUGGCUUCCAUCAUGGAUUGCAGAAUGCAACAGUGGCAAAAGAAUAACCAAGCAUUUGUGUUUGUUGAUGUUUGUUUGUUUAAAAAAAUAGAAAUAAAAAUGUAACUAAUAUUUUUAUGUGAGCCAGAGCUUUUUAAGGUUUUCAUCAUGGAAAAGGUCUUGAUGUUUUCUGACUAAUGUGGUUUUUAUAGAGAAAUCCAGUUGCACAUAAAAUUGGUAUUCAUUUUUUUAUUAAUGUAUUUUUCACUGAAUCAAUUGUUGCUUUGAGCCAAUCAACAACCUAUACGCUACACUGAAGUUGAUUCAUUUGUUUUCUUCUACAGUCAGAAUCCACUGAUUAGCUUCAACUAGUUUCCUCCUCUUUAACUGUGGCAUCUUAUGUACUGUAGGUUUCACUGUGUGUGUGAAUAAAGCGUAGUUUAUGUGAUUACCAGAUGAUUUAAACAGAUAUAGUUGUAUUCAGUAUUUUAUACGACAUUGGUUCCCUGUUUGUGUGAUAAUGACAUAUAUAACUGUUGCCCACACCGCUGUUUAUGAAAUGAGAAAUAAAAGACAAUAGCUCACUAGCUAUUUAUUCUCAUUUCAUAAACUUUUUGAGUUGGUUUUUUGUUUGGUUUGCUUAGAGCUGCACUGUCUUCUCGGCAUGAUGGUUUCUAGUUCAAAUCAGAGCUGAGGCCUUUCUCUACAGAGUUUAUUUUAAAUAUGUGGGUCUUCUGGAAACCUGGAGAUUAAAGGGUCUUUCUGUAAAUCUUCCCUGUGUUUUUGGGUUUGAGAUGGUUGUCAUUUAUCUGUGUUGUCACGGUGAUUGGCUGUUGACCUGCCCAACAUGUACCCAACCUUUUGCUUGACAGCUGACCUUUGUGCCAACUCCCCAUGACCCUAACAGGAUUUAGCUGGUACAAAAAAUGAAUCCGAUUUAACACACGUCAGCAGUUAAUAUUCAUUUACAGCAGAAUGUUAAUUUCUGCUGUAAAAUAAAUCAAUUCUCAGUCCAAUCUUACCAUUGACACAGAAUAACCGACAUAUGGUAGCGAUUGUUAUCAAACAGAAAGCAUUUUCUCACAUUUUGUUCAAUAUUUUCUCGGCAAUUGGGUAGUUUAAAUGAAUUGAGUUACAAUUUUGUUGUAACAUCACACCACUGUGUCUGAGUAUUUUUUAAAUCUCAAUGUGAAAAUGACAUGUUGGACAGAGAAUAAUUUGCUGAUUAAAUAGUCUAAUAAUCUGAAAAUAACUUGUAUAAAAGUUGUGAAAAACAGAUUUAUACAUUUAUUUCCAAAAUUGUCAUGUUAUUAUGAAUUACACUUUAAUAUUAGUUUUGUAUGUGCUAUUUUCAUUUGGACAAAUACAUUAAAAUGUCAUGUAUAAAGAUGGAUCAAUUGUUUAGAUACAAAUAAUUAGAAAGGCACGCAUUUUUGUGUUUUUAUGUUUGCUAAAUAAGAAGCAGUACAUACUCACCAUAGACAGUCAGCUAAUUUCUUUUGUAAAAUGUUAUAAACUCUUUACCAUAUUAUUGUUUAGCUAUUUCAAGGAAGUUGUUUUAUUUUUUGUUUUUUCCAAAUAAAUGUGAAGUUUCUGA